GACGUCGGCUUUCUCUUCCUCCACGGCAUGUCAGCCGAGGAGAGGGAGCUCAACUUGAAGGGGCGACUCCAGGCGAACAGCUCCGGGAGCGGCGAAUUGGGGAGGGCGUUAUCUGCUGCCAUCGUCGUAACCGCUCAUCUGUCGCUGGGCGCGCGGAGACAAGAGCAAGGUGAGGCGGAAGGCGUGGAUGAAGAGGAUCAGGCACACGGUUUUCGAGUCCGUGUCUACGAUGGCGGCGAUGGUGGUCGUGCUGUUGCUGGGGCUUCUCCAGCUUGCCGUUCCUGGACUUGCUCAAAGUCCUCCAUCUGGUACGGUACAGAUCGAGAGCUGGACCUAUAGUGGCACUGGCUGUCCGUUUGGAAGUCUCGAGCUCGUAAUCUCCCCCGACGGAAUUUCCAGUUUGGGUUUCACGAAGUUCACGGUGUUCACCCCAGGACGUCCUGCUGACCAGCGGAAAAACUGCCAAGUGGGCGUCAGCCUGAGCUAUCCUGCUGGGUUCACGUUUAGUGUGACGACUGUGGAAUUCCGAGGGUCCGCCCAAUUCGAGGGAGGCGUCAAGGGUGGACUGAGAGCCGGGUACUACUUCGUGGGUUUCCCAGGGACAGUCAGAUCCUCGCGCAGCUUGCCUCCUCCUGUCGAAGGCAAUUUUGAGUUCUCCGACAGCUUCGCAACCUCUGUCUAUGCACCGUGUGGCACUGAGUCGGCGUUGCUCAAUGUCCUUUUCGAGGCAACAGUAGUGCCCCCACUGCCGCCGAAGAACAACAACAAGGCCUUGGUCGUCCUAAACAACAAGGGCUCGAUUACCGUCACCAAUGCCGGUUUUGGUUUGCUCUGGAAGAAGUGCUAAGGGCAUACUCGUAUUAAACCGUUUCUGGAGCAUCUGGCGGCAAAUGCACCCAGGUCCAGUUCAGAAGAAAGUCGUAAUGUGAGCAUGACCUAAGCUGAUUUAACCAGGCGUCAACAACAGGGGGGGGGCGGUCGUUCGACAUCAGCAAGCUACUUGGAGAGAAGCAGAAUGAGCGACCGGGAGGGGCUCAGCUUGGAGAUCAGUGGAUUAAUUUAUCGGUCCGCAGCUGCAUUGCAUUGUCCGGGGCGCGUCACUGAGCGUGGUCAGCUAAGAAGAACUGGCGACAUCACCGACGCAGGCGAUCGGACGUGUGUAUGUACAACAGCACUUUGCUGAUGGAACUCAAUGGGAAUCCUACCCAGUUGUGGAACUGGUCAGUCAACGAUCAUUAUAAUUAUGUAUAUAGAGUACGUAUUUAAUGUCUGGCAGGCGAGCGAGUUUCCACGUCAUUUAAUUUCUAAACCUGGAAAAGAACACGCUGGCAUCUAAGACUUCCGGUGCUGGGGAAGACCCCAAGCCGAGUGCGAGAACUGUUGCGUAAAGAUGAAGUAGACGGGCGUAGCGCACAGCAAGGCAGGCUACUUAGUGCUCUCUCUCUCUCUCUCUCUCUCUCUCUCACUUUUGUUGGCUAGCUCGCUUGCUCGUUUUGCUUGCUCCAUGUGUUCGUGUGUGACGCACAUCUUCAUAGUGCGCGUCGACACCCACAGGAGUAUCUCGACCGCGGAGGCACGAAGUGCGAUAUUAGCGUGAAUAUGAUCUCUUCUUGUAAUGAAGAAUCGUCUUUUCCAGUGAAUUCCUGCAUAUGUAAAAUUUCUCGAAAUC